GUAUCUGUGCUCGCAUGGCACGAUAUGUUAACAGAAGUGAGCGAAGAAGAUCUCAGGCUCUACAAUGUACCAAGCUUAAUCGAACCUGUUCUGUGGUCUUAUGCUGAGGAUUUGAAUCAAUAUCUGUCACCAUCGACAUGGUUUGCAUUGAAGGUAUGUUGA